AUGCCUCAGUGGACAACGACCGAAGACUACUUGCUAAGAAAACUAGCAUCUUAUUAUAAUAGAAAUUGGUCUCUUAUUGCAGAAAAGCUCUACGAAGCUACUAAUAUUAUGAGAACUGCAAAACAAUGUAGAGAUCGUCAUCCGAGAGUCUAA